AUGGCCAACUCAAUUGUUACUUCGGACUAUCUCACCACUAUGUCUAUGGAUGGAAUGUGGAUGACCAUGUAUAUGCCAACCACAUAUACAGUUACAGCUGCUGAGAAUACUGAAACUGAAAAGAGUUCAGCCUCAUCCACCUACCAGAGUACGAAGGAAGAAUCUGUGACUAGUGAGGUUGCAAGCACAAGCUCUACCUCCCAAGCUGAUGAAGCUUCUUCAACCUCAGUUACUACUUCAGCAUCUGCCUCUUCUUCCUCUAUUGCAUCAACAUCUUCUUCUGGAGCCAUUUCUGUUUAUUCUGGUGUUGGUAAUAAGAUUACUGUCGGUGCCGGCACUUGCUUGUUCGGACUUGCAGCAGUUCUUUUAUGA